CACACAGGCAGUAUUUCACACGCGGCCACAGAGACUUGUCAUCCACUUGCGUGCGCGCUGCCUCUGAUGCUGGAUGACACCCGGAGGACAACGAGACGAGACUGCGUGUUUUUCUUCCCACUGUCGUUUUGCUUGAGCGUGGACAAGAGGAUGAAGAGGAGACACUUUUAAGGAAUUCUCUCUUUUUGCAGAAGAUACUCGCGGGUGGGAUGAAGAAUUAAAGUCAGAAAGAGUUAGUGUGAAGUAUGUCCAAACCGAUGGAUCACGUCAAACGCCCGAUGAACGCCUUCAUGGUGUGGUCCAGAGCCCAGCGGAGGAAAAUGGCCCAGGAGAACCCCAAAAUGCACAACUCGGAGAUCAGCAAGCGGCUAGGCGCGGAGUGGAAACUUCUGACCGAGUCCGAAAAGAGGCCCUUCAUCGACGAAGCCAAGCGUCUGCGGGCCAUGCACAUGAAGGAACACCCCGACUACAAGUACCGACCCCGGCGGAAGCCCAAGACCCUGAUGAAAAAGGACAAGUUUUCCUUCCCGGUGCCCUACAACCUCGGGGAGCACGACGCGCUCAAAGUCAGCGGCCUCUCCGCGGGAGCGCUGCCCGAGAGUAUCAUCGGCAACCCGGACAAGGCGGCGGCGGCAGCGGCGGCCGCGGCGGCUCGGGUCUUCUUCAACCCGUCCAUGUCCACGAACCCUUACUCCUUUUUCGACCUGGGCUCCAAGAUGAGCGAGCUCUCGCCGCACUCGUUCCCCUACGCGUCCCCGCUGGGCUACCCGCCGAGCGCCGCCAGUGCUUUCGCGGGGACCGGCGGUGCCGGCGUGGGUGCCGGGACGCAUACCCACUCGCACCCGUCCCCAGGGAACCCUGGCUACAUGAUCCCUUGCAACUGCACGGCGUGGCCCUCCACCGGACUCCAGCCGCCCCUCGCAUACAUCCUGCUCCCCGGAAUGGGGAAGCCUCAGCUCGAACCUUAUCCCGCUUACGCGGCGGCGUUAUGAUCGAUCCCACGCGAGAAUUAAAAAACAAACAAACUAUUGAUGCAUUAGUUUGAUUCAUGCAUGCACAAACUCGAACAUGGGAUGACGCGUGCAUAUAUCACAUGUAUAUGGAUGAUUACCUUUAUUUAAGGUCUCCGUGAGAACUCGCCAAACUUCUGCCAAUUACCAACGAAAGGAGGGUGGGGGUUGGGGGGGGCUGCUAAUUGCACCUGUUGGAUUUGGGACUGCCCGACGGUUCGUGGGUGCACCGUGGAAGCAUUGUGACACACCUGCAAAACAAACAAACAAAAACAUGUACAAAAAAAGUCAGUUUAUUUAGUGUUCUGAGGCACCCACGCAGGGACAUUUCACUCGCAUUAUGUGUACAUUUAGAGCAGGGGUGGGGAAUCUCUGCAGUUUUGAUAAAGUCCUACUAAAUUUAUAAUAAAAUACAAUGGCGCAAAUAUUUAUUAUUCUAUAUUAUGCGCAGUUAGACUAUUGGGACUUUUUUUUUUUUAUAACAGUUCCUCUAUUUGUUUUGGAAUCGCAUGGCCGACAUGAUUCAAUUUGCACCCAUGCAUGGCCCCUUUAUGGCCCACGGGCCUUGGAUUCCCCACUCCUGAUUUAGAGUUUUUUAAACCAUUUUCUAGAUGUCUGUAAUAUUUAUUGUUUUAGUGGAAUCUAUGGUGAGCAAAUAAAAAGGACAAGAGUGAAUUUGCACAUGAGGUGUUUCAAGAGGAUGUACCGGUAAUUAAUUUGACCCAAUUCAGACAUAAAUUUAACUCCCCCAAGGAAAAAAAAACAAAAAAACUUUAAAAUAAACCCUUCCUCUUGUGUCGUGCAGGGAUUUCAAGAAAACCAUUUUUUAAAACAACUAACUCUCAUGGAAUUUGUAUGUUUGUGUUUUCUUUUAUGUGUCACCUGUUGAGAAACGUCACGGGAACAAUAAUAAUCAUAACAAUAAAACUGAACAGGAUUAAAAACUAAUCGGAUUACAGUUUUUGAUGUGACGAACAUCAUUUUUUUCCCUCUCUCUGUGGAGUCCAGGUGAAAUGUAAAAUACCCCCUUCUCCUCCAAAACGGCCGCUUUUGUCCGGUGUCACUGAGAGUGUAUUUAAAGUGGGUGCACCUCCUGAAAGUGCAUUUAUAUAAUCUGAAUUAAAAGGGACAUGAACAACCU